GCCUGAGAGGGGGCACCACCACCUGUACAUAUCCGAAAACAAAACAAUAAUAUGCCCGUAUAGUCUCGCGCCCCCGGUUCCAGGCUUGGAGAGAGAAGAUCAAAUGCAACGACCGUAGCAUUGGGGCCCCAACAUGACGAGCGACAACCCCUCGCAACCCCCUAGUACCGAGUCCACGGGCACGCAUAUUGCUCCUGCAGAAGCGAGGCCUGACGUCGAAUAUGACGAUUUUGGACUGCCGGUUAGGAAGCGCAGGCCGAGGACGCCGGUGGGGGACUGCUCGGACGAGGACGAGUUCACGGACGCGGUAGCGGAGAGGUCCAAGGCCGCGAGUCAGGUCGACAUAGCGGCGAAGACUGAGGACAAUGCCGAGGCGGAGAAGGCAGUGAAGAGCAUAGUGGAGCAUGUGAAAGAGAGAGAGGCGAGGGAGGCGAGAGAGGCGAGUGCGAGUGCGAGUGCGAGUGCGAGUGAUACUGCGCAGGCGAGUGUUAAUGGGCAGGUCGAGAUGGUGGAGGUUGAGGUUGGGCGGGGAGAUGAGGGCACGGCGCUGAGGGAGACGAUGAAUACUGCGCCGGAGAGUGUCGCACCGAAGGUCACAAAAACGGGCAGUUCAGAGCCUGGUUCGAGACCUGAGCAGCCUUCAGCGAAGCUCGACAGCCAGUCGCCGGCGCACAAGAAGGCCACUGCGCCGGGCAGCUCCAAUUCGGCUGCACCAGAAGCUCGCAAAAGCCUCGACAAGCCCGCCACGCAUCACCAGAAGCAGGGCCCUGUAAACGAAUACUCCCACCAACACGCCGUUGCCCAACCCAACGCAAACGAAGAGGACGAGCGCGAGGACGAUGAUGGCGGCUGGCAGACCAUGCCUGCGUAUGCGCAAUACGACAUGUACGACGAUGACAACCGGUUGAUCGCAAAAGAGAACCCUGAGGAGCUGGAAGACAUGCAUGGAUACGCCAAUGUCGGCGGUGCUGCAAAGGGUUACACAAGGGUCAUUCUCGACGAUGAUGCAGACUCGCAAACGAGCAUGGACGACAACACUGCCUAUCUCUUCAAGGAGAAGACGACCGCGCUACACGACGAAGACGAAGCGGUGCGCGAUCCGCUCAUGCAGAUGCAGGCCACCAAGAACCUCCUCACCGAAGGACAGCGUGUAGCGUACGUGGGCCUGGUGCGCCUCGCGAUGAUUGAGAUGGAGCGCAAGUUCAACAGAGUUGCCGUGAAGAAAAGCCGGCAAGUCAAGAAGGCGCUCGACAUGCAGACCGAGACGACCAAGAUGUGGUCACAGAAGAUGAUGGUCAGGCUAUAUGGGCACAUGGACAUCAACACUUCAGAACAGGUCAUGAUUGAGCAGCUGACAGCCCAUGGCGUGAUACCUGCGGAUCUGACGCCAGCACUGAUGCAAAAUGCGCGGGUGAAGAACCCUGCUGCGGAGGUCGCUGAGGAAAAUAAAGAAGAGAAGAGAGAGGCGGACUCGGCAUGCCCGUCUGUGACUUCACCGCGACCAGAAGCGCAGGAUGAGAUGUCAAAGUCAGCUUCUUCAGCCAGCCUACAUGACUCUCUUGCUUCACCACCACCUCCGCCCUACGAAGCGCACGAAGACGAUGGCGACGAGUAUCCCGAACCGAAGACGCCAUCACAGCUCUUCGAGAGCAAGAACCUCGAUAUCGAUCUUCGAUGGACAGUUCUGUGUGAUCUCUUCCUUCUCCUUGUCGCAGACUCGAUCUAUGAUUCGCGAUCAAGAGAGUUGUUCCAAGUCGUCGGCAAGUACCUCAGUGUAGACUGGCUUGAGAUCUGCCGCUUCGAGAAACGCGUAACAGAUGCAUUGGAAAUGCAAGAAGAAGCCAACAAGGAAAAUUGGAAUGAAGACGAGCACAUGGAAUCACGAAGGAAAAAAGCACUGCGCAAGCGCUUAGCAUUCAUGGGUCUUGCUACAGUCGGUGGAGGUCUGGUCAUUGGCCUGUCAGCCGGUCUGCUCGCUCCUGUCAUUGGUGCUGGUUUGGCUGCGGGCUUUACAACUAUCGGUGUCGCCGGGACGGGUAGUUUCCUUGCUGGUGCUGGUGGAACGGCCGUCAUCACUAGCAUUGCUGUUACCACUGGCGGUACCGUUGGUGUUCGCGCAAUGAACAGGCGAACUGGCGCUGUGAAGACGUUCGAGUACCGUCCGCUGCACAAUAACAAGAGGACUAAUCUUAUAAUUACGCUGGCUGGUUGGAUGAGCGGCAAGGCUGAUGACGUUCGUCUGCCGUACAGCACUGUCGACCCAGUCAUGGGAGAUAUAUAUUCUGUGCUUUGGGAGCCCGAGAUGCUGAGGAGUAUGGGUGACACCAUCAAUAUCCUCGCUACUGAGGCACUCACACAAGGUCUCCAACAAGUCCUGGGCAGCACGCUCCUGACCGCGCUGAUGUCCGCCAUGACACUCCCCCUCGCCCUCACAAAGCUCUCCUACCUCAUCGACAACCCCUGGUCUGUCUCGCAAGCGCGGGCUGACAUGGCUGGUCUCAUCCUCGCAGACUCGAUCAUCGACCGCAACCUUGGAACGAGACCCAUCACCCUCGUUGGUUUCUCACUCGGCGCUCGAGUUAUCUACGCCGCCUUGAGAGAGCUUCAGAACCGCGGUGCUUUUGGCUUGGUGCAAAACGUGUACAUGUUCGGCACACCCAUCGUAGCAAAUACGGACGAGUACAUAAAGAUCCGGAGUGUAGUUCCUGGGCGAUUUGUCAAUGGGUAUGCUACCAAUGACUGGAUCUUAGGCUACCUCUUCCGCGCAACCGGUGGUGGCGCUGCUCGAGUCGCUGGUCUGGCACCCAUCCAAAUCUCGACAAUCGAGAACAUGAACGUCACCGAGCUGGUGCCAGGCCACAUGGCGUACCGCGCCGCGAUGCCCAAGUUGCUCCGCGACGCCGGGUGGCUCGUAGAGUCCGACGAGUUCACCGAAAUCGAAGACCCCGACCCCGAAAACCACGAACAGCGGCAACGCGAACUCAUCGACGAGAUCGAAGAAGCCCGCCGCGAACUCGAAAAGAAGAACGCCGAAAAGGAAAAGAAGGGAGGCAAGUUAUCCUGGUGGCGCAAAAAGAAGGGCGACAAAAAAGACUGGGAAGUUUAUGACAAGAACUCCCAAACCCAUACGCCCAUCGACAAAACCGCCGACACCGCAACCAUCGCCGAGAACCCCGUCAUGUUCGACAUCGACGCAAUUCGCAGGGAAGUCGCUGCCCUCGCAGUCGAGAGCGCAGCAGAUAAACCGUACAACGGCUACGAACCCGACGCCUUUGAGAUCAAGGAGAUCAAGAGUACGCUCCCGCCGAUGAAAAUCGACAUCUCCGCCACCACACCCACAUCCACAGGCCCCUACACUGGGUUACGGCAGACACAAAGCUUCAACGACAGCCUGGGUGUUGCGGCAGCAAAUGGGAAGGCGAACAGCACCGGCAACCUAACUCCCGGCGUGCGCCUACCCCCCGGAUCCCAACUCUCAAACGGCACGAGCGGGACAAAAGAGUAUGAUGAGUACGACGAAUUCGACGACCCCGGCGCAGGGAAUAUCUCCAUGACAUUCGAUUCCUCCUUCCGCGACCCGCCAUCCUCAAAAUCCACCACACAGCCCUCGCCGUCCUACGCGCCAGAGAAGAGUGCAUGGGACUCUCCUCCACUGGCGGCAUCAAGUAUGAGUUGGGAGGACGCGACAAACGAUGCGCCGGGGCGCCCGCCGCUAAGGAGCGCGAAUACGAUGCCGCCUUCGAACUCGGGGUACAACGCGUGGGCGGAUGAGUUUGAGGAUGAUUUUGGGCAGGAGAAGGAGGUUAAGAUGAGUUUCAUGUGAGCUUUCGACGCAGGCGGCCGAAGAAUUGGAGUAUCGGUGUCAUUGUUGCAUGUUCUGGUUGCAUCACUUGGGUGCAAGUGUGGGUCAGUUUCUGCAUUAUUUGAUAGAGGUUUACCUUCGUUCGGCGCUGUGGAGCACCUCUCUAUAUCUUCUGGAGAGAAGAGAAGCAUUGCUGGUGUUCGGUCGUUUGGAUCCACCUAGAUUCUCAUUCAUUGAUAUCUAUCAGUAGAGAGGAGAGGAGCUACAUAGCAUGUAUAGUUUUAAUACACUGCGC